GUCUUGGUUGCAUCAUUUGGAAUUGCCAACCGAGAGAGUAUCUUCAAAGUCAAGGCAUCGAAUCGGAAACGCAGAGGCUCCAGAGAAUCUCAUUAGGGAUUGUAGUCUUCGUGUUCAGUGGUAAGAUAACAAUCAGUGGCGUUUGGUGACUUAAUGUAACUAGCAAGAAAAGACCGAGGUUAGCCUAACACGCUAGCAUCAUAUUAAAGACACGCAAAACGCGGAUAAAGAUUUAUACUAUCAAGAGAGAUAAGCUAGUUGCUACAUCAAGCAGUCUUAUUCAAAGGCUAUCGACGGCUGUAAUGAAUAAUUGUAGCGAUGGCGCCUUCUUCUGAAAAGUCCACAUAACAGUACUUAGCAUGUCAGUCAUGGACUUCAAAAGCUUUCCACAAGUCCUUAAUUAUUGAGUCCACCGGCUCUUUGGAAUCCAGAAUUUUUACUUGACAAGGAAAAAGAGUUUAAAGGAUUUUGUAUUUCACCCUGCUGUGUUAUCAACAACAAAGAUCUCAUGGCUAACACUAGUAGUAACAUCACUUCCAAUAGUUCCCUGAGUACUCCAACGGUUAUGGCAUCUUUCAGCAAGUCUCUAAGCAUCCCAUCCUUCAUCUUCCUUCUAUUUAUCCUGGUCAUGUCAUUGUCAGGCAACAUCUUAGUAAUCCUGGCUUUCAGAAUCUACCGCAAGCUUCGAACAAAAACAAACUAUUUUGUCAUUUCUCUUGCCUGUGCAGACAUUUUCGUCGCCUCUACUUCAAUGCCUUUUUGGGGUGUCUAUCUAUUGACUGGCCCUAAUUCAGUUAUAUCAGAUACGCUUAUGAAAGUGUGGACCAGUAUCGAUAUCUUGUGUGGUGUUGCCUCAAUCAUCAACCUUGCAGCAAUAAGUAUAGAACGGUGCAUUUGUAUUACACGUCCGUUAACCUACCAUACCAUGAUGACUUCAAGAAGAGCUGUAUGCAUCAUACUUUUCAACUGGUUCCUAGCGUUUAUUAUGUCUUCCUUAAAAUUCGCUUUAUACAAUUGGGAACCGCCAAAAUAUGAACUUCUCAUCUCUAUUUCCUGCUUCUUUUUACCGUUGACAAUCAUGUGUCUCUGCUAUCAUUUGAUAUUCAAAGCUGCGAGGUACCAAGCAAGGCAGAUUGCGCUUGUUGUCAAGGGUGGUGUCAGGAAUUUUCUGCUAUCGACUGAAGUUCGCGCUGCCAAGACUCUAGGGGUGGUAAUGGGAGCAUUCAUUAUCAGCUGGGGACCUUUCUUUGUUAUGAACUUAGUCUACGGUUUUUGUCCUAAGGGAGAAAACUGCUUAAGUUUUGAAGCAGUGAUGGUUGCCAAAUGGAUGCACUACAGCAAUUCCUUUUAUAAUCCUAUCGUGUAUGCCUGCAUGAAUAAGGAAUUCCGAUCUGCUUUUGCCAAUAUAUUGUUCCGUGGAAGAGCAUGCAGCAAAAAUGGACCGUCUUGCAGAAGAGGAACUCUUACUGAAUGUAAUCUAACGUACUUUCAUGGUAAUGCUAAUGGAUCGUCUAUGGAAUCAUGUCAUCGACCGUAGUACGUAAAUGACAAAAGUGGCCAGUCAAAACCGUCCUCAAAGGUAGCUAAAAGAUUAAGCAAAAAACAACAACAAACAAACAAAACAAAAAAAAAAAAAAAAAAAAAAAAAAAAAAAAAA